CCCGGGAUAGGUGAGGCUGCUGAUCCCUUAUUUUCAAAUCUGAAAGUUGACAGCUAUGGACGAAUGUUCUAAUGGCAAGUAAGCGCAUGCUCUUUCAACUGCCAAACUGUCAACGGUCAGUUCAUGCUCGGCAUUAUUAUCGUGUUGUUCAGUCAGUUUGGUUCUUGUGUUCCUAUGAGUGAGCUGUUGUCACUGACAAAUGCUGAAUAAACUUACACUGCCUUGGGCUUCUGACUUUUUCUGAACAUUUAACAAUCAGCGAAUAGAAAGAGGAUCUAUCCAAGCGACGCCGACACUAAGUUAUAAGACAUGGACCGCCUCACUGCAGCAAACAGUGCCUUUGCCCUCAAUCUGUUCAAGAAGCUAAGUCAAAAUGAUAAUAUAGCGAACAUGUUUUUUUCUCCUUUGAGCAUUUCUUCUGCUUUGACAAUGGUCUCUCUGGGUGCGGCAGGGAACACUGCAACCCAAAUGGCAAAGGUGCUGUCUGUGACCAACGACAUCGAAUUUCACCAGGGAUACGAAAAACUUAUUUCUGAAAUCAACAAGCCAGACACCAAGUACUUGCUUAGGCUAGCCAACAGGCUAUUUGGAGAAACAUCCUAUGAGUUUAUUUCAUCAUUCAUAGACUCCAGCCAGAAAUUCUAUCGAGCAGGUCUAGAGAAACUAGACUUCAUUAGAGCAUCAGACGAUUCCAGGAAAUACAUAAAUAAUUGGGUGGAAGAACAGACAGCAAGUAAAAUCCAAAAUCUGCUCGCCCCAGGAAUAAUUGGCUCCACUACAAGGCUGGUCUUGGUGAAUGCUAUCUAUUUCAAGGGAAACUGGGCAAAUCAGUUCCGCAAAGAUCUCACUGAGGAAAGGCCAUUCAAAAUUAGCAAGAAUGAAAGCAAACCGGUGCAGAUGAUGUUCAAGAAAGCUAAAUUCAACAUGACAUGGAUAUCGGAACUUCGCACCAAAAUUCUCGAGAUUCCUUAUGUUGAUAACGAGCUCAGCAUGAUCAUCCUGCUUCCUGAUGAGAUUGCAGAUAAUUCUACAGGCCUGGAAAAGCUGGAGAGAGAAAUGACCUAUGAGAAACUCAAGGAUUGGAUUAACCCUGAGAUGAUGGACCUAACUGAAGUUCAGCUGUCUCUACCCAAAUUUAAACUGGAGGAAAAAUACGACCUGAAGCCUGUUCUGAGCAGCAUGGGAAUGGCUGAGGCGUUUGACCCAAGCAAGGCAGAUUUCUCUAGGAUGUCUCCCAACAAUGACUUGGUUUUGUCUGAGGUUGUUCACAAAUCCUUUGUAGAGGUAAAUGAAGAGGGAACUGAGGCCGCUGCUGCUACUGCUGCUGUUAUGAAUAAGCGGUGUGCUAGGAUUGUGCCCUGUGUCACAGCCGACCAUCCCUUUCUCUUCUUCAUUCGGCACAACAAAACACAAAGCCUUCUCUUCUAUGGUAGAUUUUGCUCUCCCUGAAGCAAGCUAA